AUGCUGAGGAAACUAGUAAAAGAACCUGAUGGGAGUAGACUGUCAAAACAUCGCACAGAUCACACACCCCAGCCCCGGAAGAUGGGGAACUGCCUCAAGUCCCCCACUUCGGGUGACAUCUCCUUGCUUCACGAGUCUCAGUCCGACAGGGCUAGCUUUGGCGAGGGGACGGAGCCGGAUCAGGAGCCGCCGCCGCCAUAUCAGGAACAAGUUCCAGUUCCGGUCUAUCAUCCAACACCUAGCCAGACUCGCCUGGCAACUCAGCUGACUGAAGAGGAACAAAUUAGGAUAGCUCAAAGAAUAGGCCUUAUACAGCAUCUGCCUAAAGGAGUUUAUGACCCUGGAAGAGAUGGAUCAGAAAAAAAGAUCCGGGAGUGUGUGAUCUGUAUGAUGGACUUUGUUUAUGGGGACCCAAUUCGAUUUCUGCCGUGCAUGCACAUCUAUCACCUGGACUGUAUAGAUGACUGGUUGAUGAGAUCCUUCACGUGCCCCUCCUGCAUGGAGCCAGUUGAUGCAGCACUGCUUUCGUCCUACGAGACUAAUUGAGCCAGGGUCUCUCAUCUGACUUCAAGUGAACCAUCAUUUUUGGUGGUUUUGAUCUUUUGUCACUGAGCCCAAAGAGCCAGGGAUUAGGAAUUAAGAUCAUGCACAAAAGUUUCCUAAAAAUUCCUGAAUGGCUGCAGAUGUUGGGGAAAAGUAUGUGAUAUUUUAGAAACUUAGGGGGAAAAGUAGGAUGGUAUUUUUAUGUAAAGCCUUGACCCAGUGUUCAAAAAUAUAAUUGUAUUUAGAUCUUGUUAUUGCUCCAGUACAUAGGAAUUGUGUAAAGUGUUACAGCAGCUUAUAUGUUUAAAUUGUGUAUGUCGAAGAUUAGGAAAAAGAUAGUGGUUGUUUUUCCUAAAUGAAAUAACUUCUUCCCCCCACCCAAAUUCUUUUCUGAAGUUGCUGGCAUUUGGGUCAAGGUUUUAUUAAAAGCUACAUUUUAUAACACUGGCACAAAAAAAGUAGUUUUAAGCUUGUUUGCACAGUUCUUUUUUUCCAUUGGAAAUGGAAUUCAUUGCCUUAGGUCUUUUUAAAUAGUGUAUUAUUAUUGUUGGGGCUGGCUCUAUGCUUGAAAACCAGUUUAUUUAUAACCUGUUAUAAGUGCUAUAUCUGUUUGCAGUUAGGAAGUGCAGAAUUCAAAGUGAUCUCCUAGCUUGUAAGCAAACUGAGAUGCACUAUCCCUUUUCUAUUAAAAAAUGAGUUAAUGUGUCAAGAAACCAACUCUAGUAAAGUGGGGUUUAAUAUUACCCUUUCUUAUGUAUUCUAAUUAUUUUGGUUGUUCAUAUGGUGAUAAUUAAAAAGUCA